GUUACUGUUAUCUGUCAGUUGUCAGUUUGUUACAGAAUUGCACAUCUUCACUAUAAUUCUUCAACAGUCAGUGAAAUAAUCAUGGCGGCUAUGGAUGUCGAACCACUAAAAUUGGAGCACGCGAUGCGUACACUGAAAUUGUCAGGGCAUGUCGGUUUCGACAGCUUGCCUGACCAAUUGGUAAACAAGAGUGUACAAAAUGGAUUUGUGUUCAAUAUCCUCUGUAUUGGUGAGACGGGCCUGGGCAAGUCCACUCUCAUGGACUCCCUGUUCAACACCAACUUUGAGUCAUCUCCAAGUCCCCACAACUUGCCAACUGUCAAGCUUAAGGCUCACACUUAUGAGUUGCAGGAGAGCAAUGUCAGACUCAAGCUGACGAUCUGCGACACUGUGGGGUACGGAGACCAGGUGAACAAGGAAGACAGCUUCAAGGCGGUGGUGGACUAUAUUGAUGCUCAGUUCGAGGCGUAUCUCCAAGAAGAACUGAAGAUCAAGCGGUCUCUGGGGACCUACCAUGACAGCCGCCUACAUGUCUGUCUGUACUUCAUCUGUCCUACUGGCCACGGUCUCAAGUCUAUCGACUUGGUGUGCAUGAAGAAACUGGACACCAAGGUCAACAUCAUCCCCAUCAUAGCCAAGGCCGACACUAUAUCCAAGACUGAGCUGCAGAAAUUCAAGUCAAAGAUAAUGCAAGAGUUACAAGCGAAUGGCGUGGAAAUCUACCAGUUUCCGGUAGACGACGAGUCUGUUUCUGAGAUGAAUACUAGCAUGAACUCGCACAUCCCGUUCGCCGUGGUCGGCAGCACCGACUUCGUGAAGAUCGGGAAUAAGACUGUCCGCGCCAGGCAGUACCCGUGGGGGACGGUGCAAGUGGAGAACGAAUCGCAUUGCGAUUUCGUAAAACUACGCGAGAUGCUCAUCCGCACCAACAUGGAGGAUAUGAGAGAAAAAACCCACGCCCGUCAUUACGAGCUAUACCGCAGACGGCGGCUGCAGCAGAUGGGCUUCACUGACGUCGACGCCGACAACAAGCCUGUGUCAUUCCAGCAGACUUUCGAGCAGAAGCGAAGCGCCCACCUGGCCGAGCUCCAGCAGAAGGAGGACGAGAUGAGGCAGAUGUUCGUGCAGAGGGUCAAAGAGAAGGAGGCGGAACUCAAAGAGGCGGAGAAGGAGUUGCAUUCCAAAUUCGAUAAGUUGAAGAAAGACCACACGGACGAGAAGAAACGUCUGGAGGAACUCCGCAAGAAGAUAGAGGAUGACACCGUCGAGUUCAACAGACGCAAGCAGCAGGCGGCCCAGGCGCAUCACACGCUCACGCUCGGCAAGAGCAAGAAGAAGUAACCUCUUGGGGUGCCGUGAUGCCCUGGUAGUUGUGGUAGAAAUGUAUAAUAGAUUCAGUACCCAAGCGCGCUCACCAUACGCUUGGUAAACGAAAGUAACCUCUUAGGUUUCCAUGAUGCCUUGGUACUUGUGAGAGAAAAGUAUAAUAGUUUCAAUAGUUCUGCAGACGGCUAAAUCCAUAUAAUAAGCACGCUUGGUAAGUGAAAAUAACCAUGCUGUCUUGCCCCUGCAGAAUGGCACGCGCGAUGCCGUUUUUAUCGCGUGCAAAAACUAUCGCCGUUUCGCUUUGCAAUUAUAACGUGGAACAGGAUAGCAGUAGUUUUACACGCGACAAAAACGGCGUCGCGCGUUCCAUAUUACGGGGGCUGGUAAGUGUGAGAAAAAUGUAUAUUUGUUUUAGUAUCCAAGUGCAAGCACUAUCGUUUGAUAAAUGAAAGUUAUAUAAAGGUUUUCCAUGUUACCUUGGUAUGUGUGAUUGAAAGGUUUAAUGCAGACGGCCCAAGCACACUAUACGCAGCUACGCACGCUUGGUAAGUAAAGGUAACUUACUAUGUUGUCACUUUGCUCUAGUACUUGUAAAAAAAUUACAUUAUAGACAUUAUACUUUGUCAUUAUUUUUGACAACCUUGAUAGUUUUUUUAUGAUUGCGUAUCUCAAAGGUAAAAACGGGACCCAAUUACUAAGCCUCCACUUCCUGUCUGUCCGUCUGUCUGUCACUAGGCUGUAUCUCAUCAUUGAUAGCUAGAAAGCUGAUUUUUUUAAAUAUGGUAUUUCUGUUACUGCUAUAACAACAAAUACUAAAAAUAUCGACGACGCUGAUCUUAUUAAUUUCUUUAAACUUAUUGUGAGUGGAUAUGCAACGUGGGAUGUAUUGACCGCGUUGUAGUUCUACCAAUUUGCGCUAGAUGGCGUCAGCGUAACACGUGACGAUGGUACGGAACCCUUCGUGCGUGGGUCCGACUCGCACUUGGCCGGGUUUAACAGUUUGCACUUGUUUAUGAUGCCACGAGAGAAUGCGUAUUCUUCACAUGUGUAUAUGAAGAAUAGAGUAUUCAUUCAUCUAUUACAUUGUAACAAACAUAGUUUAUACUCGCGUGACACUCGCAGUUAUUUGAGAUUGCUAGCUUUUAUAAGCGUUUUGGUCUAGAAUAGUGUGUUUGAACUGAAUUUAUGUAGUGUGGGAUGUAAUGGGUUCUAAUAUGAAUGCAGUUUUGACUGAUUUGGAAAAUUAUUUUAAGCGAUUGUUUUGGGCCCGCUUUUCGUUUUCGCUUUAAUAUAUUUAAUAUUAAAACAAGAGCCUUAUCUUUCAUGUUUUCCUAGUGCUCACAACAUAAAUAUGUACUUUUUAUUUUCUUACGGUUAUCUUCCCGGUAUAAUCUUACUGCUAACUUAUUGAAAUUAUUCCAAGAAUAACAUUGUCAAUAGUCCUUAUUUUAAACCAACAUUAAUUUAGGUGUAUCGGCCAAAUGGCCGAACAUGGCGCGAUUGCAAAAAUAUCUACCAAAUGUAUUAACUAAUUAUUAUUUACAUUAAAAUAUAGCUGUAUUUUUUGAUAUAAGGAGAGUAUAAUCGACCAUGUUUAAUAGGAAUAACUUAAAAAAACAUAUCUGAGUAUUUAACAUCUUUAAACAUUGCUUGGUCACGCAUAAUAUAAUAUUAAGAUUUAAAAUUUCACAAAACAAAUAUUUGCUAUUACAAAAUUAAUUGCAGAAAACCUGGUCGAUUAUUUAGUAUAUAAGUUUUAUAUGAAAUUAAACAUAGUUGUGUUUAAAAAGUUUAUUGUGAAUGCGCAACACUGCUUGUAACAAAAUUAAAAUUACCCUUGACUAUUUAUGACUAGAUAUAGAUAAAAUAAUUAUUUAAGUAGUCCUAAAAAGCAUUAUCUCAUGUACAAAUGUUUGUACCUUAUAUCGGCCAGUUUUAGAAACGGACCAUAGACAUUUGAUUGAAUAGAUAACGCAUGUGACGAAGCUAUUUAAAGUUCAAGAUUUUGACUAACAUUGUAACUCGAUUAGUUAAAUACUAAAGGAUACAGUGACCUCAAAAUCGUAGAUAUUAUUAUUCCCACAUCCUUCUAAGAGAUUCUAUUACAGAAUUGCAAGAAUAGGAUGGGUUAGGUAGACAUUGUAAAGAGAAGAUUUUUUGCGUUAUCUAUUAAGAUGUUUCUCUAUGGAGAAUUGGUGAAAUUAGAUUCCAUCACUAAUCACAUAAAACCACCGUGUAUUUUAUCAGCAAAUAGUAUAGAUACGUCUUAUGUAUUGAACAUUAAUCGCUUAUGUUUAUGCUCUCUAUUUAAUUUGUAUACAAGUGAGAGCGUCAAUGCACUUUCCGUAUUGCAUUUAUCGAUUCAUUCCUAGAUUACGAUGAUUUAUAUAUUUUUAUAUUAUUUCAAUUUACCUAAUUGAGGUAUUCAAUAAAAUGAUUUGACAGAC